CAGCAGCAUUAUUCUGGUGUUGACCCCACCUGAUAUGAUACAUUUUGUUGCAUAUAAAUACAGCUUCAACAUUUAACAAGGACAGGCAAAAACCUCAUCCUUGUUCUGUUCCUCUCGGGUGGUUUAUAGCCCUAGGCUUCCAGCUUUUACUCUGGUGACAGGCCUAGGUCAGCACAGGAUUCAUGGCUAGGGAAGCAGAAUUGAAGAAGAUUGAGCUCAAGGUAUCUGUCAACUGCUGUGAUGGCUGCAAGAGGAAAGUUAAAAAGGCCUUGCAAGGUGUUGAAGGUGUUCUAAAGACCGAAAUCGAUCCACUGCAUCCCAAGGUGACAGUCCUGGGAAAUGUGAAUCCAGAAAUUUUAAUCAAAAGACUCUUGAAAACUGGAAAACAAGCAGAACUGUGGAGUAGUGGGAAUCAGAAUGCGGGAAAAGAAAAGAAAGAAGCGGACAUGCUGGUUGAAAAAGAGAAAGAUAAGUCAAAAUCCGAGUGUGAGCAAACAAAGUCUUCAGAUUCAUGUGUCAAGGUAACUGACAAGAACAGAGAGACUAAAAAUGGUGGGGAUGGAGGUGAGAAUAAAGCUUCAAAGGACUAUAAUGAGACAGAAGUCAGCGUUAAGUCUAGCAAUCCUGAAGUGGUUAAAAGUCAAAAUCCUGUCCCCCCACAUCCAGAAGUCAGCAAUUUCAGGACUUGCAAUCAAUAUUGUUACAAGGUUGAGCCUUACGCAAUUGCACUUCCCUUUUAUGCCAUUCCUUCAUACACUGUUCCUCCUGUCAACCCCACAGGUUUUGGUCAGGAAUACCUCCUUUACGAGAGGCCAGUAUUUCAACCACCAGUCCAGACGCCAACAGUAAGAGUUGAGGAUUACUUCAGCGAUGAAAAUACUGUGGGAUGCCAUGUGAUGUGAGACCUCCGCACCAUGCACUGAAGAUCAGCAGGGGUGACCAGCUCACUCGCAUUGACUCAACUGAAUGGGAUAGUUAGCUAGCAUUUUUGUAGUCCUUCCAUUGAGUUUCUUUCUUUCUUAUUUUUGUGUUUUUUUUUGUUUUUUUCUCUUCUUUUCAGGCAAAUAGAACUUUUCUUAUGCAAAUUACUGUAAUACUUGAAACUUUCUCCCAGCUACUUUGAGCUCAUCUCUCUUCAGGUUUUUUAUCCA